ACCUGCAGGACGGCGCGUGGAAUUCGAAGAUAUUGUUUUAAAGAACAAAGAUAAGGGCGCCAGAAAAAGACUGUCGUUUGACAGCUGUAUUCUGGUCUAGUGAUUUCUCCAUUGGGACGGAUCACUUCACACGAAGACGUUGGCUUCGGUGUCAGUGGAAUGCCAUUCACACUUCACAUGCCAGCCAAGGCUGUCUGUCUUUGAGACGUGCGCGCUAGAAGUCUACAACGCAAAAAAAAUAACUGCACGUGUGACUGCAAAGGGCUUUCGAAUUGUCUUGGCAAAGACCAUUAUUAAUUUUUGAUCAGUUUUGAUAUUCAGUCCCAGUAACUUUUUAUUUGUGUCAAAUUGCCUAGCUGAUAUUUUCUGGGCUCUUGUACGGACACACGAUGGAAAUUUGAUUGAUGGGCUGUCAAAUCUACAGGGAUUUCAUAAAUCAAACUUCUGUCUGAUUGAAGUUGACCGUAUUUGCCUUCAGUUACGUUUCACUUUGCUAGUUUUUUACGUUAACCGUGUGUCCGUCUUUGACCACGGUCAAGGGAGAGAGGGUUCACGCGCUUUAUUGUGGAAACGCUGAGUUGGUUGCAGGAUUGGGGGAGUAAAACUAUCGCCAGUUCGCAAGUGCGCUCGUCCACUUCAGCGAAAUGGGCUGUACUGUGAGUGCGGAGGACAAAGCGGCCGCCGAGAGGUCGAAAAUGAUUGAUAAAAAUCUCAGAGAAGAUGGAGAAAAGGCGGCCAGGGAGGUGAAACUACUACUGCUCGGUGCUGGAGAAUCAGGAAAGAGCACCAUUGUGAAGCAGAUGAAAAUCAUCCAUGAGGAUGGGUACUCAGAGGAUGAGUGUAAGCAGUACAGAGCUGUUGUCUAUAGCAACACCAUCCAGUCCAUUAUGGCCAUCAUCAAAGCCAUGGCCAACCUAAAGAUCGACUAUGGAGACUCUGCAAGAGCGGAUGAUGCGCGGCAGCUCUUUGCCCUGUCUGCGGCGGCUGAAGAGCAGGGCAUUCUGCCAGACGACCUGGCCAAUGUGAUCCGCAGGCUGUGGGCUGACAGUGGAGUCCAGAGCUGCUUCACACGCUCCAGAGAGUACCAGCUCAACGACUCCGCAGCGUAUUAUCUGAAUGACCUUGAGAGAAUAGCCAAAUCGGACUACAUUCCCACUCAGCAGGAUGUUCUGAGGACCAGAGUGAAGACCACAGGCAUCGUGGAGACUCACUUCACCUUCAAAGACCUGCACUUCAAGAUGUUUGAUGUCGGAGGUCAGAGGUCGGAGAGGAAGAAAUGGAUCCACUGUUUUGAAGGCGUCACCGCCAUUAUCUUCUGCGUGGCGCUGAGCGCCUACGACCUGGUCCUGGCCGAGGAUGAGGAGAUGAAUCGCAUGCAUGAGAGUAUGAAGCUCUUUGACUCUAUCUGUAAUAAUAAGUGGUUUACAGAGACGUCCAUCAUCCUCUUCCUCAAUAAGAAAGAUCUGUUUGAGGAGAAAAUCACACGCAGUCCUCUCGCCAUCUGUUUCCCUGAGUACUCAGGAGCCAAUAAGUAUGACGAGGCGGCGAGCUACAUCCAGACCAAGUUUGAGGACCUGAACAAGAAGAAGGACACGAAGGAGAUCUACACCCACUUCACCUGCGCCACCGACACCAAGAAUGUGCAGUUUGUGUUCGACGCCGUCACUGACGUCAUCAUUAAGAACAAUCUGAAAGACUGCGGACUGUUCUAGAGA